GCCGACUUCGGUUCCGGUCUCGGCAGCAACAGUGAUCGCUGAGCAGAGAGUGCCUAGGGUGGUUGGCCAAGAUGCCGAAUAUUAAAAUCUUCAGCGGCAGUUCCCACCAAGACUUAUCCCAGAAAAUUGCUGACCGCCUGGGCCUGGAACUAGGCAAGGUGGUGACUAAGAAAUUCAGCAACCAAGAGACUUGCGUGGAAAUUGGCGAAAGUGUACGUGGAGAGGAUGUCUACAUUGUUCAGAGUGGCUGUGGUGAAAUAAAUGACAAUCUAAUGGAGCUUUUGAUCAUGAUUAACGCCUGCAAGAUCGCUUCAGCCAGCCGGGUUACCGCAGUCAUCCCAUGCUUUCCGUAUGCCCGGCAGGACAAGAAGGAUAAGGUGGGAAGCCGGGCCCCAAUCUCAGCCAAGCUUGUUGCAAACAUGCUCUCUGUAGCAGGCGCAGAUCAUAUUAUCACCAUGGACCUGCAUGCCUCUCAGAUUCAGGGCUUUUUUGAUAUCCCAGUGGAUAAUUUGUACGCGGAGCCAGCUGUCCUGAAAUGGAUCAGGGAAAACAUCUCUGAGUGGAGGAACUGCACUAUUGUCUCCCCUGAUGCUGGUGGAGCUAAGAGAGUGACCUCCAUCGCAGACCGGUUGAAUGUGGACUUCGCUCUGAUUCACAAAGAACGGAAGAAGGCCAAUGAAGUAGACCGCAUGGUGCUGGUGGGAGAUGUGAAGGAUCGGGUGGCCAUCCUGGUAGAUGACAUGGCCGACACCUGUGGCACGAUCUGCCAUGCGGCUGACAAACUUCUCUCAGCUGGAGCCACCAGAGUUUAUGCGAUCUUGACUCAUGGAAUCUUUUCUGGCCCGGCCAUUUCCCGCAUUAACAAUGCAUGCUUUGAAGCAGUAGUCGUCACCAAUACCAUACCUCAGGAGGAUAAGAUGAAGCAUUGCUCCAAAAUACAGGUGAUUGACAUCUCAAUGAUCCUCGCAGAAGCCAUCAGGAGAACUCACAACGGGGAGUCCGUUUCCUACCUGUUCAGCCAUGUCCCUUUAUAAUAGAAUUACUGCUGAGGCUUUUUACAAAUAAAGUGAACCCCGCUCCUUGUUCUCCCUUGGCAUUUGAUGAAAAAUCCAGCAGAAAACCCGGCUUGCUCCAGUGUAGCUUUCCACACCCCACAUCAAGUAUAUUAGCGUUUCUCCUAAAUUAGAGAAAGACGGAUUGAGACUCACUGCUGGGAUUUCCUUCCUCCGUUGUCUCAUUCCGGCUUCUUGGAUUCUGUGAGCCUCGCAGCUUUGCAGCUUUAACCACAGCCGAACUGCUGCAAGAUUGCAGGCUUGAGAGGGUGUUGUGUUGUAGGGGUGUUUGAAGUUGAUGAGGGAAGCUCAGACUACUUUGCAUGUGAAUUCUUCAGGGUUUCCUUGGUUCCGAACCACUGGUGACAAAGCCGACCCAGUUCCCAUCCCCCAACC